UGUCAUUAACAGCAUCAACGAACAGAAAACCAAAGAGAAAGCACUCAGAUAUGAUUUUCAAGAAUAAAGAGUAAAUAAAGGUGGGGGGAGUGUCCUCCCAAAUGAUAAAUGCACUGCGUACCAAGUGAGGAAGAUAACCUUCUCAGACAUCGAUAACUUUGACUCCUGGUUUAACCUUGACGACGUCUGUACAGCUACUUCGCCUUGGAUCACAGGUGGCAUGAGCGGACCGCGACCUUGGGGGAGCGUUGUGGGUAACACUGGAGCAACAAACAGCGCCUGGCGACACACUUGAGCAGCGAACAGCGCCUGGCGACACCCUCGUCUCCACUAUCAACCCUCCUUAUUAAGAUGAAGCUGCAACUCUUCACAGUGGAUGCGUUCACCGACCAGCCCUUCUCUGGCAACCCCGCAGCGGUGAUACCGCUAACACAGGUUGUAGAGGAAGAGGUGCUACAGAGGCUGGCGGAGGAACUAAACCUUUCUGAAACCGCUUAUGUGAGUCCCAAGGCCACGCCCCCCGCCACGACGCAGGAAGAUCCCUGGGUGCGGUGUUCAAGGUUCACACUCCGAUGGUUCACGCCCACCACUGAGGUCCCAUUGUGCGGACACGCCACCCUCGCCACCGCUCACGUCCUCUUCCAUUGCCUAGGGAAUUUGAGUAGCCGGCUGGAGUUCGAGACACAGAGUGGCGUGCUAGUGGCUAGGAGAGAGGGUCACCACAUCGUCCUCGACUUCCCAGCCAACCCUCCCGUGCCCCUGACGGCCCUCGAGGAGACCCAGUUGGCCAGGCUUCUGAAGGUGGUGACGGGGGACCUGCAGGUGAAGCAUCUCUUGCUCUCCCACACCACCAAGAAGCUCCUGGUCAGCCUACAUGCCUGCACCAGAGAACAGCUGGAGACCUUGCAGCUAGACACAGGAGCCAUCUUGGACCUACACGAUGGCUCGCUGGUGAAGGGUGUCAUCUUCACUACACGGGGCACCCAGACCCUCGCCAGCAGCACUCAAGCUGGGGAGCUGGAUCCUUCAGAGUACCAUUGUGUCUCACGGUACUUUGCUCCAUGGAAUGGUAUUCCCGAGGACCCUGUCACAGGAUCAGCUCACACUGUCCUGGGCCCCUACUGGUCAAAGGAACUUGGGAUUACGACUCUCAGAUGUCGCCAGUGCUCGGCCCGCGGCGGUGACGUGCGGGUCACGGUGAGGCCGGACGGUCGGGUGGACCUCGCGGGUCGGGCCACUACCCUUAUCCAGGGAUACAUUACCCUCUAACAUCGCUACGUCAACGAGUGUGUGUGUGUUUACGGGGAGAGAAAUGCAGUUCUUGAGCCCCGCCUCGUAGCAAGACAACAGCUACGUCUGACGUUUCAGCAUGCUUUUAAAGACUUAAAGAUGUAAAAUUGUGGUUACUUCUCCAGAAAAGCCAGAGACCGGGCCGCGGGGACACUGGUCCUUGGCACCACCUUAAGGUAAAGCUGGGUCACGUUUAUUCCACUCGUUUAUCACUCAUAAAAUACUAGUAUUUCCUUAUCUUUCUCUGGCUCACUCUGGUAUCACUCGCUUGAAGAAAAUAAAACUGUCCAUUUUGCCUAUUUUCUUCGGUAUCUUGUACGUUGUGAUCAUAUGUUCCCUUGACCUUGCUUCUAAGACCAUUAGAUUAAUUUUACUUACCUUGUCCUAUCUGUUACCUCUGGCACAAGUGGCAACUGUUAUAAUAAAGUAAAUCUAUAUAAUCAUAUGUUUAAUAUAGGACAAUUAGAGAUUUUAAGAUAUAAUAAUAAUAAUAAUAAUAAGAGGGAACAGUGAUAUCUUAUUAGCUGGUAAAACAAGUACUGUAGUAGUAUGGUAUGUAUGGUAUGGUACUGUAGUAGUAUGGUAUGUAUGGUAUGGUACUGUAGUAGUAUGGUAUGUAUGGUAUGGUACUGUAGUAGUAUUAUGGUAUUUGAGUUUGAAAGGCUGUGCGUUGAAACUUUGUAUUUUAAAGUAAAUAUUUCUGGAA